AUGGAUCGUCUGUCGUCUUCCGCAGGAUCGUCGUCUUGGCGAAGUACCUUUGAGGUGUCUGCCAGGACCCAGAAGCCAAUAAAGCGGUUCAAGGAGUUCCAUACCGUCGAUUGGGUCCAGGAAGCGCUCGUGGAAAACAAGAAGUACUACGAUGCCAUCCGUCCCAGAACGCACGGCGAGAACCCUUCCACCGACAGAUGGAACACCCUUAGGACAAAGUUUGUUACCUCGAUUCAGAACUGGCUUGCUCUCACUCUUAUGGGGGUGUGUAUCGGCCUGAUCGCAGCGGCCAUCAACAUCAUCACAGAAUGGCUUGGAAACUUUAAAAGGGGAUAUUGCCAGUCGAAUCUCUAUCUCAACAAGGAAUUCUGCUGCUGGAGCGAGGAAGGAAGGUGUUCCAAAUGGCAGCCGUGGUCCAGCAACUCGUUUCUCCAGUACCUCAUAUUCAUUUUAAUUUCUGUCAUGUUCGGGAGUAUCGCAGCUCUUCUCUGCAAGGCUUUCGCGCCCACAGCAGCUGGAUCAGGGAUCUCCGAGGUCAAAUGCAUUGUUUCUGGAUUUGUUAUGGACGGGUUCCUUGGAUGGCAAACGCUCAUCAUCAAAUCGGUCGCUCUUCCACUGGUGAUUGCAUCUGGCUUGAGCGUGGGUAAAGAAGGCCCUAGCGUUCAUUAUGCUGCGUGCGUGGGUAACGUGAUUCCAAAGCUGUUCAAGCGGUUCAGCCGAUCGUACGUCUCGCUGUCGCAGUUCCUGACUGCUGGUUCGGCAGCUGGCGUUGCCGUGGCAUUUGCGUCGCCAAUCGGUGGAGUUUUAUUUUCCAUAGAGGAAAUCAGCUCCAACUUCAAACUAUCCACGCUCUGGAAAAGUUAUUACUGUGCAUUGAUAGCGACUGGAACGCUUUCGGCCAUGAACCCGUUCCGUACGGGCCAGAUCGUGCUGUUUGAAGUGAAGUAUGACUCAGAUUGGAAAUAUUUUGAGAUUCCACUAUUUGUCGUCCUUGGGAUAUUUGGAGGUGUCUAUGGAAUUCUGGUUGCAAAAUUUAAUAUUAAAUGGGUGGCCUUUAGACAGAAGUACCUCGCCAAUUACGCUAUAAGAGAGGUUAUGAUCCUGUGUUUGCUGACAUCGGCCAUUGGCUAUUUCAACGAGUUUCUGCGACUGGAAAUGACCGAGGGAAUGCAAAUUCUAUUCCACGAAUGCGGCGGAGAGUUUGACCACUCUCUGUGCAAAAUAGACCAGCAUUUAAGCUCAAAGCUAAAGUUUUUCGCCAGUCUGUUCUAUGCUACUGUUUUGCGUGUGGUGCUGGUGGUAGUCUCGUACGGAUGCAAGGUUCCAUGUGGUAUAUUUGUUCCGUCCAUGGCCGCAGGUGCCACUUUUGGACGCGCAAUAGGCUUGCUUGUGGAGACGUUCAAUCCGUGUGUGAACACCGACUCGGGCAAGUGUAUCAUCUCCGGCACGUAUGCAUUUCUUGGCGCGGCAGCCGCGCUAAGCGGGAUUACACACCUGACUCUCGCAGUGGUCGUCAUAAUGUUUGAGCUCACCGGUGCAAUCAAGUACAUUGUGCCCACAAUGAUUGUUGUUGGGGUGACUAAAAUCAUCAAUGACCGCUGGGGGAUUGGUUGUGGAGGCAUUGCAGACCAGAUGAUCAAAUUCAACGGCAUCCCAUUUUUGGACCCAAAGGAAGAGCACGAUUUUGGGCCGCACAGCAUUUCGGACUGUAUGACCGACCAGGUAGUUGUGCUUCCUGUCUCUGGAUAUACGUACCGUGAUGUUGAGCACCUUCUCGCAGAAACGAGUUUUCAAAGCUACCCGGUCGUUGCUGAAAACGAGUCUGUGGUGACAGGCAUCAUCAAGCGGUCGCAGCUGCUGGCAGGGCUGAAUUACCACAAACAAUUACGCCAUUUGGAAAUACCGCUGGACACGCCGGUGAAUUUCUCGUCAACACUUCCGCAAGACCAGCAAGACGUCCUCUCGUUCGGGCGCUUUGUCGACACCCAAUAUUAUCGGGUCAACAUCAACAGCUCCUUCAACACGCUGGUAAAUAUCUUCAUGAAACUGGGCCCAAAGCUCGUCAUUGUCGAGGACGGAGGCAGGAUGGCGGGAAUCAUAUGUCGCAAGGAUCUGAUCAAAUUCGAGCUGUACCUUCACCGGCUAGAACAUGGCGACCCAUUUGUCUCGGCUAAAGAUGAGAAAGUGUUUGCAUUGAUGGUGAACUUGGCAUCGAAAGUGCGCCAUAAAAUACUUGCAUUGGUCGGCCGCAAGCCGCAGCCAUACGUCACGCUGGAUCUGGAUGAGUGA